AUGUCGUCGUCCUCAAUAUUGCGCAUCGCUGCGCGCGCUCAGCCGUCUACCUUCUUCCGCUCCAAUGGCAUCCGCAGCUUAACCCCUCGCGCUUCAAACGCCAUCUACGCUGCUCCAGCUCUGUUCGCGACCUCUGGAUCAGCAAAUAGCUUCAGCACCAGCAGUGCUCGCCGAGUGGAUAAGGAUGGAGAAGAGGCAUCUACAAGUCACGAGGAGAGCUUCGAGGAGUUCACUGCCCGAUACGAGAAGGAAUUCGAUCAAGUAAAUGAUGUCUUUGAGCUUCAGCGAAACCUUAACAACGCAUUCGCCUACGAUCUUGUCCCCUCUCCAUCUGUUCUCACAGCUGCGUUGAAGGCAGCGAGAAGAGUCAACGACUACCCAACCGCCGUGCGGAUCUUCGAGGGUAUCAAAGCAAAGGUUGAGAACAAGGGUCAAUAUGACCAAUACCUGGAGGAACUCAAGCCACUCCGAGAAGAACUAGGUGUGAGUUUGAAGGAGGACCUUUAUCCAGAAGAGUCAAAAUAG